GUCGCCAAGUUGGCUAACACGCCACACUUAAGUCUCUCCUCUUGUGGGAGCUGGGAGGUUUUGAGUUUGAGUCACCGAGGAGGAUAGUUUGGGAUUUACUAACAGAGGGGAAGGACUAGAUCAGACCCUAAGAUAUGGUGCAGUACAAUUUUAAAAAGAUCACCAUUGUGCCCAACGGGAAAGACUUUGUGGAUAUCAUUCUCUCACGCACACAAAGGCAGACACCCACUGUUGUUCACAAGGGUUAUGCAAUAUCCCGUAUCCGUCAGUUUUAUAUGCGCAAAGUGAAAUAUACUCAAACAAAUUUCCACGAAAAGCUUUCUACCAUUAUCGAUGAGUUCCCAAGGCUUGAUGAUAUCCACCCUUUUUAUGGGGAUCUGCUUCAUGUCCUCUAUAACAAAGACCAUUACAAGCUUGCCCUUGGGCAAAUAAACACUGCAAGGAAUUUGAUUU